GAAACUGAAACAAAAUCGAGGUAAGUAGUUUGACACUCUUGUUUUGAAUUUUUUUAAAAAAGUAAACAAACAAACUACAAUUCCUCAAGAAGAAUGACGGAUAGUGAAGAUAUCCAAUAUAGUGAAAAGUACUGUGAUGAAAAAUAUGAAUACCGACAUGUAAUACUCCCUCCUCCUCUUGCAAAACUAGUACCGAAAAAUCAUUUGAUGACAGAAACAGAAUGGCGAAAUUUAGGAAUACAACAAUCACCAGGAUGGGUUCACUACAUCAUUCACAAUCCUGAAAACCAUGUAAUAUGUUUUAGAAGACCUCUAGGAUAUGAUCCUGAUAAUUGCUGAAAUUGAAAAGCAUUGCAAGUUUUCAAUAAUAUUUUGAAUAAAAUUAUGAACUUUGAUCUCAUUUAUAAAUA